CUUCCUUUUCCUUGUUUGACUCUCGUACCAAAUAUUUUUUUACCUAGGUCGAAAGUUAAUUUAUUCAUUUAAUUCAGCGGCAAUUGAAACUUGCUUUUAAUUUAAAGAACACACAAGAUUAGAUGAAUUUUCUUUGAUCGAAUUUCAAACAUUUAAUACGAAUUAAAGAAUCCAGGUUUUAUCAGUUUACUAAGAUAACUUUAAUCUAAUCCAUUCCUUUCUUCAUAAUCGAUCAGAGGCGAUAAUACAGUCCGAAUUAAAUUCACCGCAGUUGUGAACGGUUGUGCGAAGCGUAUCGACGUAUAAAAAAGUUUUGAAAUUAUGAAGAAAAUCGUGAUAUUUGGUGCUACCGGCAUGACCGGCCUUUGCGCUGUGGAGGCGGCAUUAAAAAAAGGUUUAGAAGUCCGGGCCUUCGUACGCGAUCCAUCCAGGCUACCUGAUGACAUCAAGGACAAAGUUGAUGUUUUCCAAGGGGACUUUCUUGAACCGGAUUCAGUCAUGAACGCAAUCGAAGGCACGGAUGGAGUGGUCAUCGCUAUAGGCACUAGAGGCAGCUUGGACCCCACAUCGGAUAUGUCAGAGGGGACUAAGAACAUCGUGGAAGGCAUGAGAGCGAAGAACGUCAAGAAUGUUUCUGCGUGUAUAUCAGCUUUCUUGUUUUAUGAGAUGGAUAAGGUACCGCCAAGAUUUGUGGAGGUGACAAAAGAUCAUAAACGUAUGUUUAUUGAACUGAAGGAGAGUGGUCUUAAUUGGAUUGCCGUUUUUUCGCCUCAUAUUUCUGAUGACCCGAGCCGUGACAUCAUCGUGGAGGUCAAUCCUGAGAAGUCGCCAGGUCGCUGCAUAUCCAAAUACGACCUGGGCAAGUUCCUUGUGGACUCCCUGACGCAGGAGGAGUACUACAAGGCUGUGAUAGGACUUUGUAACGUGCCGCAGCAAUGAUUUUUCAGUUUCUCAUGUUAAGUCGGUCGCAGACUGCCGCAAGAGCCGCACGCAUUUCUUUAACACAGAGUUUUAACAAAGUAAAGAGAGUUUUUUUCUUGUUUACGAUAAAAAUAGUACGUUUUAUCGUAGCGUAAAAUUGAUCAUAAAUUAUGCUGUCGUUUAUAGACGCAUCCACGAUGCUGGUUUUGAACUCUGAUCCUCGUGACGUUACAGCAAAAAAAUAUAAGUAAAAAAGUAUAUGCCAGAACCAACGGACGCCGAUAAUUAAUAUGGCAUUUGUGUUUGUUGACGCGAUCGACUUUUACGGAUAACAAUACAUUUCUUUUAUUCAUUAAACUAUAUAACCCGCACUAUUAAAUAAAACGUUUUUCACUAAUUCAUUUUACAUAAAAAGAUAUUCGCGCGCCCUUUUAUUAUGCGACGGCCGCAUUUUUAUAGAUGUUUUUUUUACAAAUAGAUUUUCAAUUACAGGCGUAACUUAUAGUACGUGCACAAAUAUACUUGAGUUCGAAAGUUAAUAGUUACAGUGAUACUUGUCAUUAUGUGUGUAAAGUAAAACUAUAACACAAACAAUAUAAAUGACAAGUACCUAUACGUUGCUUUCCCACUCUCUUGCGGCACUUGUGGGCGAUCUUCGGUCGACUUCAUAGGUUUUGGACGCGUGUGACGGAAGUCUAUAAAAAAUAUGAACAAUUUUCUUGUAUAAUACUUUCUUUUUUUUUUGCUGGUUGUGAUUAAGUUUCUUAACGCAUUUUUGUAUAAAACUAAAUUUACAGUGUGGAAAUUAGAAUCUAAAGUGGAGGCUAUAUUGGCCCUGUCAACUUAGUAAUUGUCAUAAAUUCAUAAGUGAAAUGAGGUAGAGGUAAUAUAGGUUAAAUUAGAGACAAAAUAAUGUAGGAUCGUUGUGCUCAACGUUUUCAUCUGCAUUAACUUGAACUCGCACGUUACAAUAGUAACGCAAUGUUUUGUCACACUCCAACUGGUAGCACCUUACAAAUAUCAUAGUGUAAAGUGUAAGAUUUUCUACAUACGUUUACUUAUUCUAUCGCGUGGAAGUUAAACGCGAUAUACGGUAUCGAAGGAGCGCCAUCUAGUUAGUAUACUUGGAAACUGUACUGUCAAUAGAUGGAGCUCUUUCUCCAUAUAAAUUAUAGAUAACUUUCACGCGAUCGAAUAAGUAAACGUAGGUGGAAAAUCUCAUACUUAGCACUCUGAAUGCUACUACAACGCCUAUAAGGCCUUAUUAGUAAUCGUGGCAAAACCUCAGAAUAACUCGCAGUGAUUUAAAAUUUAAGAGCGUGAAAAAACAUUGCCUAACUAUUACGACUAUGUCAUCCUAGUAAUUUUCAAAAGGCCAUUUAAAAUAAUUGAAAAAUUGUCUUCAGUUACGGCGUUCUAUGAAAACUUAGAGUUGGCAAUAAAAGUGGAAACGCUAUUUAAAGUCGUACAAUAGCUCUUCUACAGCUUGUAGUUACGUUGUAGCUAUAAUAAAUGUCGUGUAUAUUUAAUUAUUGUUGUCCCUUAACCUCCCAGCUCUGCCUAAGUAAGUUUCAUAAACUCUUGACAUUUCAGUGAUUUUAUACUGGAAACGUCUCUACGAUUUACUAAUAAGAUUUGUACUCUCGCAGCAUCUAAAUCUUAGGUAUAGGUACUAACUCUACUGGUAGUAUAAAAUCAGUAUUUAUGUUACGAUUACAAUAUACCUAGGUACGUUAAAUUAAUAUGCUUACUUGCCUUAUUUAACUUAGCUGUAAAAUAUUUUAUACGAACUGUUUUAUAUGUAAAAUAUUUUAUACAAAAUACUGUCUACUCGAAAAUAUACAACAAAAAAUUUGUUCACGUUUGGUCAAUUUUUACCUUACCAUAAGCCUCUUUGACAGAAAUAUACAAAUUGUUAUAUUUGAAGUAAAAUAAAUCUCUUAUUGUUAUCUUAAAUCUCUCAAGUAUCUCUAAUUGUAGCAUAACUCAUUAAAACUCAAAAAUCAACUAAUUUGAACUUUUUAAUAUACUUUUAUUCUUUCUCUU